UUCCCCUUCUUUUUCUUUUUGUUAUUACACAUCACCUCUGAGUUCCUCCUCCUCAUUCUUUUUGGUUUUCUUAAUUUUUUUUGUAAGGGAACUGUUUGGACGCCUCUCUCUUACUCACUCACCGCCGGCGAUCACAGCAGCGUAACCUGAAGUCCUCUCUUUCGGCUCGUUCCUCUCUUCUCUCUAACAAACACAAUGGCCAUGACUUGGAAGCUCCUGAAGCAACUCCGAGCACCGUACACCGUCACCGCCUCUACGAGCCUCCACCGAAUUCUACCCCCUCGAUUGCUGAACUUGCAUAAUGCCACUAGAAUUUUCUCAAAUGGGCCUCCGCUGCCUCCUCCUUCUGGAGAGCCUCCUCUGAUUCAACUGCCGCAAAACCCUCCCUCUCCGUCUCCGUCGUCGCUGAACCAGGCAGAGCUCGCUAAGUUUGCCGCCAUUUCCGGGACCUGGUGGGAUUCGGAAGGACCAUUCAAGCCGUUGCAUGCAAUGAAUCCUACAAGGCUUGCAUUCAUUCGCUCAACACUGUGUCGUCAUUUCAGGAGGGACCCGUUAUCUGCUAGGCCCUUUGAAGGGCUCAGAUUUAUUGAUGUUGGCUGUGGAGGUGGGAUUCUUUCUGAGCCUUUAGCUCGGAUGGGAGCUAUUGUAACAGGAGUUGAUGCUGUUGAGAAAAACAUCAAGAUAGCUCGCCUUCACGCAGACUUGGAUCCAGUGACCUCAAAAAUUGAAUAUCAAUGCACUACAGCUGAAAAGCUAGUCGAGGAACAAAAGAGUUUUGAUGCUGUGUUUGCUUUAGAGGUGAUUGAGCACGUGGAAAAUCCUGCUGAUUUCUGUAAAUCUCUGUCAGCCUUAACUGUUCCCAGUGGAGCUACCGUGAUUUCAACGAUUAACCGUUCUAUGAGAGCAUAUGCCACUGCCAUAAUUGCAGCCGAGUAUCUGCUCCACUGGCUUCCUAAAGGUACACAUCAAUGGUCAAAUUUUCUUACUCCUGAAGAACUAGUCCUGAUCCUGGAGCGUGCUUCUAUUUCAGUCCAAGAGAUGGCUGGGUUUGCAUACAACCCUGUGACAGGAAGAUGGUCAAUAUCUGAUGAUGUUAGUGUAAAUUUCAUCGCUUAUGGUACUAAAACCAAAACAGGCAAUUUAGAAAUAUAAGGAAACUUCGUCCUUGUUGUCGGUUUUGUUUGUUGAAUGAACAUUCUUUUAUACCUGUAAAUUUCAUCGCUUAUGGUACUAAAACCAAAACAGGCAAUUUAUAAAUGUAAGGAAACUUUGUCCUUGUUGUCGGUUUUGUUUGUUGAAUGAACAUUCUUUUAUACCUGUAUUGUCCA